AUGGAGUCUCCCAAAAGAAAGCCAGGCUGCCCCCUGCAGCUGGUCACUCUCAACAUGGAUGCCAAGAAGUGCGAAGUCAAUGAGGACGCGCUGGGCCGCCUAGAAAAAAGACUGAAGGAAAUGGGUGCCAAGAUGGUAGCUAUUGUCUCAGUCAUGGGCGCUUUCCGAACAGGAAAGUCCUUCCUGUUGGACCUCUUCCUCCGCUUCUUGAAGUGGGAGGCGGACCAUCCCGAGGAGGCUGCUGCAGCGAGAAGCGAGUCGCAGCCGGCGCGGGGUGGGAACGAGGAUUUUCCACUGCCCGCAUGGAUCACGACGGCGGGCGCCAACAUAGAGGGAGCCUCCGAAGAUGACGAGGGCUUUCGGUUUAAGGGUGGCAUGGACGCCUGCACAGAAGGCAUAUGGGUCUGGUCCGAGCCUUUCUUGCGACAGCUGAACGGCCAGGAGGUUGCAGUCCUUCUGAUGGACACGCAGGGCGCCUGGGACAGCAACAUGACCAAGGAGCAAUCUGCCACAGUCUUUGGUUUGACCGCAGUGCUGUCGUCCAAGCAGAUCUACAACAUCAACAUGCAGAUACAGGAGGACAAGGUGGAGAACCUGGCCUACUUCAUGCGCUUCGCGCAGGCGGAGCUCAAUAAGGCCGCCAGUGAGAUGGAGCGAGAAGGCAAGCCUUUGAGCCGAGAGGAGAUCGACAGACCCUUUCAGUCCUUAGACUUCCUCGUCCGCGACUGGCGGCACUUCAGGGAUGACUGGACCGUGGAACAAUGCAUGGAGCAAAUGCAGCAGCACCUUUCCCGCCAUGUCAACCCGCAGAAGAUGGUGGAGAACAGCACUGCCGAGGCGCUACAUGCCAUGUUCAAGCGCUUGCAAUGCUUUUGCUUGCCCCACCCGGGACUCAUCAUCGAGAAGGACACGUGGACCGGCAAGGUCGCUGACAUCAACAGAGACUUCAUCCGGUUCAUGGAUCUCUACGUCCGUGACGUCUUCACCACAGGCCUGAGCACCAAGAAUAUCUUGGGCUCGGAGUUGAGUACAAUGAGCUUUCCGCAUGUGCUGCGAAACUUUGUCGAUGCAUUUCACGACGCGGCUCCGGCUGCCAUGUCAUUUACGCAGGCCAUGACCAACUGCACAGUGCUGUUGGCCAAGGAAGCAGCCAUGAAGAGUUUCAUCAAGAAGAUGGACGAGGAAGCAUCAAGGAAUCCCAGAGGCAUGAAGCCUGAAGAAUUCACAAGCAUUUCGAGAACUGUGACCCAGCAAGUGGAGGAUGACUACAAGUCCAUGACGAUCUUCGGGUCAGACGACACCAGGAAAGACACCUGGACCGAAAUCUGCAAGAACUUGGACAACCUCCGACAGAGGUACGAGGAGGACAACGCCAGACGACUAGAGAAGGCAUUGGUCGCUUUUGCGAACAUCUCCUUGAUUGGCCUAGCACUCUUCCUGCUAGAUCGAAUAAGCGACUGGACAUGUGAUUGGUGGUCGCAGACAUGCACGGACUUGAGCAAGCUGAUGCUUCUGGCCUACGUGCUCAUCUUUGGUUACGUGGGUGUGCAAGCGUACCUAGCUCUCCACGAUCGGGGGCGAGUCGCCGCCGCAAUGGCAGGAGGCGAGCUCUGGAAAGAAAUGGUCCGCUUGAUGGGCCUGUAUGGAGAGCUCCUCCAAGAGAUGGAGCUGAAAGAAGUGCCGGGCUGGUUGAAGGAGCAGGCCCUUAACUUGUACAACCAAGCUACGGGAGGAGCCGCCAGCAGCGACUCCAAGAACAAGAAGGACUGA